GCGGAUUCAUAGAAAAGGAGUAACAGUACUAGAUUCCUGUAAAUAAUCCCAAUCCAGUACGCCCUCUUACAUUACCCUAUUAUCCUCACUCUACCUCUGCAUGUUCGAAUUUGAAGAAGACUCUCUUGGUCCGUGCUUACGUUCGGAUGCCAUAAAUGGGGAUGCCACGCAACUUCCAUCAGGUCUUGGAAAUUCUUUUGCUAGAUUGAAACUUGGAGAUGAUUCGAAUCCACCCAGCAGCUACAAUAGCGAUACAGAUGAGCCAGCACCAAGAAACUACGAUACUAGUAGAGACAAGAAUUACGAAGUUCCAUUAGACGAAGAUUUUGUUGCAUCUACUGCCAAAGAGUCCAAAACUCUUGGAAAAGUCGGUCCAGAUGAUUUCCAGUCUCUUUGCGUUUUGGGAAAGGGAGCAUUUGGCAAAGUUUUUUUAGUCAAACAUCAGUCGUCUUCCGCUCUUUAUGCUAUGAAAGUACUUAAAAAGGCUUCUUUUGUUGUUCAUGGAAAAUCUGCUGAGCAUGUGAAAACUGAGCGUCAGAUUCUUGAAGAAGUGCGCCACCCUUUUAUUGUAAAGCUAUUUUAUGCUUUUCAAACACCCCAAGACCUACACAUGAUUCUGGAAUAUGCUGUAGGCGGAGAACUAUUUAGAUACCUGGAUCAAGAGGGUAUGUUUUCGGAGUCAAUGGCCGCAUUCUAUGCAGGAGAGCUAGUCCUUGCUCUGGAACAUCUGCAUUCGCUCGGUAUUGUCUACAGAGACCUGAAGCCCGAGAAUUGUCUGCUGAAUGCUGAAGGACAUGUUAUGUUGACUGACUUUGGUUUGUCAAAAGUCCCUGUGGAUGGAAAAACAAACACAAUAUGUGGCACUGCGGAGUAUAUGGCACCCGAAAUUCUGAUGGGUCUUCAUUACGAUGACACUGUAGACUGGUGGAGCUUGGGUAUUCUGAUCUUUGAUAUGAUGACUGGUUCGCCUCCAUUUAGUUCUAAUAAUCGACAAAAAACGAUUGAUUCUAUUCUUUCAAAGAAAGUCAACAUGCCUUAUUACUUUACAAGUGAUGCCAAAGAUUUACUUGCAAAGUUACUUCGUAAAAAUCCUAAUGCACGCUUAGGAGCUAAACCAAAGGGAUCAUUAGCAAUUCGUAAACACCCUUUCUUUCGUAAGAUUAAUUGGAAAUCAUUGGAAAGACAGGAGGGAGAGCCACCAAUUGUACCUGUUGUGACCGAUCCUGAAGCUGCAGAGAACUUUGAUACUUUAUUUACGGAAGAACCCUUAGUUGGCUCACCUAUUGAUACCUCAGUUCCAUCCAACGAAUUCAACUUUGUCAAUUUUAGCUAUGUGAAUUCAAGCAUGCUGAGCCUAUAGACCAAUCAAUCUAGAGCAUAGACUUAAUAUCUUAAUGUAUAAUAUAUAUAUAUACUAUAGAAACUUUAUUUACUUUUAGACUUAAAGCCAAAUAUCUAUAUAUUAAUUUUAUAGAAGCGUACUUUUUUCUAUUAUUUGUAAGAAUUAUUUUUUAUUCUUUGUUUGAUAACUUUACAACAACACCUAACAAAAAAACUAUAAAAAUGAUAGGGGGUUUUCGGAUUCCCUGAAAAGC